GGAGGGAGAGCUGAGAAGAAAAAUGGCGUCUGCAGGCGACCCAGAGCGGGACACCGGCCAUUCAGUUUGAGCUUUCCACCCUGAAAUUGAGACCGGGGCUUGGUGGGGAGUUAUCGGGAACCGGCACCGGAACUGUUGGCUUUUUUCUUCCCCGCUUUUCUCCGGUGUGCGUGGCAUACUCAAGCACCGAGAUUGAAGCGGAACAGCAGAUACACUCUCCUACAAUGAGGGGGAGAAGAGGAAGGCCGCCCAAACAAGCUGCCAUGAUGCGGGAAGGUUCACCCGGGCCAGUCCGCGGCUCUCGGGGCGGCAGGAGCAGAGGGAUGCGUGGACGGGGAAGAGGCAGAGGACGGGGUCGGGGAAGGGGAGCAAGCGUUGGCGUUAUCGGCACUGGCUCUACGGAGGUAGAUACUGAAAUAUCCGGCCGAGAGAACUUUCAUUCGUCCCGGGGCCGCAGGAAAGUUGGAGCCUCUAGCUCGGCGGCGGCCGCGGUGUCGCGGGGCAGAGGAGGCAGAGGGAGAGGCAGGGGGUCGAGAGGCGGCCGCGGCAGUAGAGGCGGAGUGAGGCGGCCUCAAACUAAGGUGGUCUACGACGACAACAGCGACGAGGAGGACGAUAAUUUAAGCUACAGGUCAGACGACGACGAACUCCUGAACGACAACCCUUCGUCAGAUCUUGAAGAAGAGGAGGCCUUGGGAAACGACUCUGACUAUCUGGAGGAACUACCAGAUGAUGAGGAUGCCAGCUACUGUACGGAGAGUAGCUUUAAGAGCCACAGCACGCUCGGUAGCACCCCAGGCCGGAGAAGAAGCCGGGCCUUACGUCCGCAAUCACCCAUCCUUGAGGCCAAAAACAUUCCUCCCCUGGACCUUCCCAAAUCCUCUGAGGACCUCCUGGUUCUCAACUCGCAGCUCCUCAAUGUCUCUGCCGUGUACGAAGUCCUGCGCAACUUUGGCACGGUUCUGCGUCUCUCCCCAUUCCGCUUUGAGGAUUUCUGUGCGGCGUUGUCCAGCCAGGAGCAGUGCACGCUGCUGGCAGAGACCCACAUCUCCCUCCUCAAAGCUAUUCUCAGAGAGGAGGACACUUCCAACACCACAUUUGGUCCCACCGACGUGAAGGACUCUGUCAACUCCACUCUUUACUUUGUGGACGGUAUGACCUGGCCGGAGGUUGUGCGAGCGUACUGUGAGAGUGACCCGGAGUAUCGGCACAUUUUGCCUUGCCAAGAGGGCGAGGAUUACCCGUAUGAACCGUUGGAGAGCAAAAUCAAAGUUCUCCAAUUUUUGGUGGACCAGUUCUUGGCGACAAACAUUGCCCGAGAGGAGCUAAUGUCGGAAGGUGUGGUUGCCUACGACGACCACUGCAGGGUAUGCCAUCGCCUUGGCGACCUGUUGUGCUGUGAGACAUGUUCGGCCGUGUACCAUCUGGAGUGUGUGAAGCCGCCUUUGCAGGAAGUACCCGAGGACGAGUGGCAGUGUGAGGUGUGUGUGGCGCACAAGGUCCCCGGUGUGGCCGACUGCAUCCCAGAAGUGCAGAGGAGCAAACCUUUCAUACGACAACUGCCAGUCGGCUACGACCGACACCACCGCAAAUACUGGUUCCUUAACCGCCGCAUUGUAGUCGAGGAGGAUGGCGAGCAGGAGGACAAAGCCAUCUGGUACUACAGCACCAAGGUGCAGCUAGCCGAGCUCAUAGACUGUUUGGAUAAGGAGUACUGGGAGGCCGACCUGAACGCAGCGCUGGAGGAGAUAAGGGACGAGGUGCACGCACACAUGGACAUCAGUGAGGACCUCACCAACAAGGCCCGUGGCAGCAACAAGUGUUACCUCACAGCCGCCAACGAGGAGAUCCUGGACCGGCUGCGGGCUAAGAAAGAGGAGGAGCUGGAGGAGGUGAAGAGACGGGCCGCUGAGGAGGCCCAGCAGGCGCGGCUGGAGAGGGAGAAGAAAGAGUUGGAGGCGGAGAGGGAGAAUGAGGAGGUCAAGGUGAAGGAGGAGGUGCAGCAGGAUGGCAAAGAGCUGAGGAAGGAGGAGGAGACAAAGGACAGCGGCUGGGAGGAGAAGAGCGGCCGCAUCAAAACUGAAGUUGUUGAAGCUCCAUCCACUGGCCAUGAAGGCAGCGGUGGGAGUAGCAUCUCAGAGGGACCUUUACCAGCAACCCCCGCUCUGACACAAACCACCCCCUCCACCGAUAGCUAUAGACCGGCCCCCGAGGCGCCAAAGCCCAAGGCGUCCACCUUAAAGGCUCUGAUAGGGGGCGGUUCCCAUACGGAGGUCUCUAACUGCACCAAAGAAACUCCGCCAUCCGACUCGGUCCCUCCCAGUGGAGACGGCAUCCCCAGCCUGAGUCAGCCCUCCCAGACCAGCGAGGAGAACAGUAACAGCAGCGUGGGAGCUGCGGUCCCUCCCAGAGGACCUGAACCUCCAGACCUGGCCGACAAGUCCUCCCAGUCAUCCCUGGCCAGCUUUGAUGACACAGGGGACUGCAAAGACUCGGCCAACGGUGACACGCCAGGUCUCGGCGGGAAGAAAUCAGCUGCCACUCGGAUGGUGACCCGUCUGAGGAACCCGGAGAGCAAGCUCAGCCAGCUGAAGAACCAACAGGUGGCUGCCGCCGUUCACGAAGCAAACAGAGGCUUCAAAGAGGGCAAAGAGGUCAUAGUCGUGAAUGCACAAGGUGACAUCACUCGUGUCAGCACACGCAGCAGUAAGGACGUGGUGAUGAAGGGGACGCUCAGCCAGUUCUUCAAGCUGGGCCAGGAGGGGAAGUACCGCGUCUAUCACAACCAGUUCAGCUCCAACACUGUGGCCCUCAACAAACACCAGCACAGAGAGGACCACGACAAGAGGCGGCACCUCUCCCACAAAUUCUGCAUGACACCAGCAGGAGAAUUUAAGUGGAACGGGUCGAUUUACGGCUCCAAGGUUCUGACCAUCUCCACACUGAGGCUCACCAUCAUCCAGCUCGAGAACAAUGUUCCAGCACCGUUUAUGCACCCAAACUGGGCAUCACACAGGACAAAUUGGAUCAAAGCGGUUCAGAUGUGCAGUAAAGCCCGAGAGUUCGCGCUGGCUCUGGCUAUCCUGGAGUGUGCCAUCAAACCUGUAGCUAUGCUGCCUGUCUGGAAGGACUCACUGGGCCACACCAGGUUAAACCGCAUGACGUCCAUGGAACGAGAGGAGAAAGAGAAAGUGAAGAAGAGAGAGAAGAAGCUGGAGGAUGAGGAGACGCUGCAGCAAGCCACCUGGGUCAAAUACACCUUUCCAAUUAAACACCAGGUGUGGAAGCAGAAAGGAGAGGAGUAUCGUGUAACCGGCUACGGGGGCUGGAGUUGGAUUAGCAGGACUUACGUGCAGAGAUUUCUCCCCAGGCUCCCCGGCAACACCAACGCCAACUACCGCAAAGAACUAGAAGAUGCUAAACUUGGCAAGAAAUGUACCCUUCUGGACCUGAGCCGCCGGCCCAGCAUAGCUGCAGCCGAGGCUCAGGAAGUCACUGUCCCAAGCAGAGAGGCAAAAGAUGAAGAAUCCUCGAACCUCUCCGAGCCCGCAACAGAUCGUCUGACGUCCAUUGAAGACUUAGAGUCCGGUGAGAGGAAUGACAAGGAAACUAAAGAUGGGACCGUUGUUAAGGAGAAGUCUGCGCAUGAAUCGCCCGAAAAGAUGGAGGUGGAUCCCACACCGCCGCCGUCGUAUGAAGAGCCAAGGUCCUGCAUCGAGGAGGCUUCCAUGAAGGAGGAGCCUGCAGACGAGUCUUCACGGCCUUUCAACUACGAUGUCGUGGAUGUCAGCAAGGGCUUCCUCACACGCAUCGCCUACAAGAAGAAGGUCAAGUCCUCCAAGCUGGACAUCCUGCUGGAGCGACGGGUGAAACAGCACGUCAUCGAAGAAAGGCAGAGGCAGCAGGUGUCUGCCUCCAACCCUAUGACUUCUACAUCGGCGUCAUCCACUCCGAUCCCAGCGCUGAGCACUCCGGCCCGGCCACGGUCGCCACUCAGGCCCCACAACCUCACUCAGAAACAGCUCGCUCUGGGAGAAGCUGUGAAAGUGACGGAGAAACCCUCCAUAACGCAAACUCCAGAGCCAGGAGACUGUGGAGAACGACUGGUUGGAGGAGGGGAGGGUCAGUCUGAACUCUCUAAAACUGCUGAUGAGAAGGUCACUCCUCUUCCUCCUUCUCCUGCUCUGGGCUCCACACCCACAGACAGCAGUAGUACAGGUACAGGUGAACACUCAGUGUCACCACAGACCACCUCCACGCCUCAGGGAUUGGAGGCAGACUUGGUGGAAAGGACUACGGGGCCAAAAGAAAAAAAUUCAGACAUUUCAGGGAAAGAGGGGGUCAAACUGCCUGACGUACAAGAAACGAACACGGGGGGAAUUCUUAGCUCAGCCGAGGUAUCAUCAGAUGAUACCAAAGCUGCACAUAUUGAAAAUACGAGGUUAAAAAUGGACUCGGUAAGGACUUCCACUAGUGUUCUUGACCAAAAAAACAGUCAAAACACAUCUCCUUCUAAACUAACUCAGCAAGAAGCUUUAAGCUCAGUGCAUUCAGAGGAAAAUGGAAUGGGGCCAGAAGAGAGCCAAGGCAUCAAACAAGGUCAAACCGACGCUGUAAGCACUCCUGAGCCUGCUUCUCCUCUCCCUCAGGUAAACGGUAAUGACGCCAUCGGGAGUGAACUGAGUAACUCUGUAGUGAGCGCAAAUAACGGCGUCCUUACCAACAGCUCCCAGCUCAAGGUGAACAACGUAGGUAAAGGUGAAGAACAAGGGCUGGGUGUGUCAUUGAAUGACAGCACGCAGCAGAAGCCUCUGGUGAACGGGGAUGUAGCCCGUGUGAAUGAUUUUACCGAGGUCGGCACUAAGGAGAGCAAGUCGACGGCGUCAGACGAGGACUACAAACCUCCGCCGAAGGUGCUGCGGCUGGAGAACAACAUAGAUGCACUUGGAGGAAACAAACAGAGCACUAAACAGCACGACAGCACUUCCCCGACCAAACCCAGCUCAGGGGUCAAAAUCAUCAGAAUGGCACCGUCUCCUAUUCCCUCAGCGGAGGAGUCCAGUCUGAGCGAUGACUUUGCAGAGGAGAAUAGUAACAGUGGGACCGCAGAGACCACCGUCACCCAGGUUACAACGACUGCAACGACCACCACGACUGUCGUUUCCACCCAGACGAGGACGACCACCAAGGUGUCGCCGGCUGUUCCCGGAGAGACGGGGACAACAGAGAGCAGCGCCGUGUCCACACUCACCACCAUGACAAAAACAACGGUGACCAAAAUCUGCUCUUCUGACGGGCAGUCCGACGACAGCCAGAGCGAAAUGGUGACACAAGAGGAUAAGCUCCUGGCCUCCGUCAGGAAGUCAACGACCAACAUCAGAGGGGAGACCUCGGUGAGCCUCGAGGACUACUCGUCGACAAAAGGUCGCGUCCGCCUCCUGAAGUUCUCCCGCACCAAGAAGACGCGCUCGGACACCGCCCUUCCCUCGUACCGCAAGUUUGUCACCAAGAGCAACCGCAAGAGUAUUUUCGUACUGCCGCAUGACGACGUGAAGGUGCUGGGGAGGAGGGGAGGACUCCGGGAGGUUCCAAUAUUUAGCUACAACGCCAAGCCAGCGUUGGAUAUUUGGCCGUACCCUUCACCAAGGCCCACCUUUGGCAUCACCUGGAGGUAUCGGCUGCAGACGGUGAAGUCUCUGGCCGGUGUGAGCCUGAUGCUGAGGUUGCUGUGGGCCUCUCUGAGAUGGGACGACAUGGCCGUCAAACCGUCGGCUGCUGUCGGCACCACACGCACAGCCCUAUCCCCACUCAUUGCUACAGAGACGUCAGACACUGAGAUCACCACCACUGAGAUCAUCAAGCGCCGCGACGUGGGACCCUAUGGCAUCCGCUCCGAAUACUGCAUCCGCAAGAUCAUCUGCCCGCUCGGCGUGCCCGAGACUCCCAAAGAAACCCACACCCCUCAGAGGAAGGGGCUGCGCUCCAGUGCCCUGCGCCCAAAGAAGCCCGAGCCUGCCAAGCAGACGGGCCCUGUGGUGAUCGAGACCUGGGUGGCCGAGGAGGAGUUGGACCUCUGGGAGAUCAGAGCUUUCUCAGAAAGGGUGGAGAAAGAGAAAGCUCAGGCAGCUGAGCAAGCAAAGAAACGUCUGGAGCAGAAACCAGGUUCAGUCAACGCCACCCCGACAGGAACUCCAUCCACUCCGGCCGCCACGCCCAAAGUCAUCGUGGGUUCGCUGUCAGGCCAGGGCACCCCCACCACCAAAGUGGUACUGUCCACAAAGAUGGGCACCCCCGUUACAUUCCAGCAGAAUAAAAACUUCCAGCAGUCGUUCGCUACCUGGGUCAAGCAGGGUCAGAGCACAGGAGCGGGCAACGAGACCACGGUGGCCACAUCAGGCGGGCACACUUUCCAGAUUACGGGAACCUCGGUGGGUGGAAAGGUGGUGACCACCAAGCUGCCGCUGCCGGCCAACAGCAAGAUCGUCACGGUCAACGUGCCGACUUCACAAGGAGGUGUGGUUCAGCAGAAAGUGUUGGGUAUCAUCCCGUCGAGCACAGCAGGCGGUGCUCAGACCUACACCACAUUCCAGCCCCGCACCACCACGCUCAACAUCAGGCCCAACACGCCGGGAUCCCAGCAGCAGGUUUUGGCAGCUGGUACUCAGAUCCGUCCAGGAAUGACGGUAAUCCGAACACCGAUCCAGCAGACAGGACCGAUGGGAAAGACGAUACUACGAACUCCUCUCGUUGUCCAGCAAGGUCAGGGUGGGCAGCAAGUGGUGACGCAGAUCAUUCGGGGACAGGCUGUCUCAACGGCGAUAUCGGGUGCCAGCCCUGUCGCCACGGUCACGGGCCAGGGGUCGGCAAGCCCCACCACAGGCGGACAGGCUGCAGGCCAAACACCACAAGGCACCCCGCGGGCGCAGGCACAAGGCCAGGUUAAGCUCAGCCUGGCACAGAUCACCCAGCUCACACAGAAGCAGCAGGCGGCGUCAGGUGUGGAGCGGCAGGCUGGCGCGGGCGGUACCCAACAGGCUCUGACUGUGAUGGUUCAGGGUCAGGGCCAGACCGCCGGUCAGCUGCAGGUCAUACCUCAGGGUGUCACCGUCAUCCCAGGACCCGGUCAGCAGCUCAUGCAGGCAUCACUGCCCAACGGACAGGUUCAACGCUUCCUCUUUACCCCGCUGGCCUCGGCCGCCACUCCCACAUCAAGCACAGCCACCCAGCCUAACUGUGCCUCCACCAAAGCCCCGGCCCAACCCGCCCAGCAGGCCGCAGCACCCAUUCAGGCAGGGGCGACCCCCUUAGCCACCACCAGCACCCCUUCGUCGGCGACCCCGCAGGGCCAGUUACCCCCUCAGACACAGGCGCACAUGCCCAUCCAGUCUCCCACGUCGCUGCAGGUAAAAACGCAGGGAGGAACGGCGCAGCUGCAGAUUCAGCAGUCUCCACAGAUCAUCAGCAUGUCUGGACUGCAACAGCAGGUUUUGGCUCAGCUGCAGGCCCAGCAGGCUGCAGGUUCUCUGCCACAGCACAUCAAACUGCAGCUUCCCAUCCAGAUACAACAGACGGGGACCACCUCAGCUCAGGGAGGACAGAUCGGGAACGUGGUGACCAUCCAGACGGCUUCGGUCCAGGAGCAGCUCCAGAGGAUCCAGCAGCUCCGAGAGCAGCAGCAGCAGAAGAAGAGACAGGCAGCGGAGGCCAAGAGAGAGCAGGCACUCAAUGCAGCCAGUCAGAGCGACAUCAUUCAGAAACAGGUGGUGAUGAAACAAAAUGCUGCGAUCGAGCACCUGAAACAGAAGAAGACGAUGACGCCUGCAGAGAGGGAAGAGAAUCAGAGGAUGAUCGUCUGUAACCAGGUGAUGAAGUUCAUCCUGGACCGGAUCGACAAGGAUGAGAGGCAGGAGACCAAGAGGAGGAAGAAGGAGGAGGUGGUGGAGGCCAAGAGGAGAUUGGCUAAUGCCAGCAAGCUCUCCUCGCUCCUGUACCGACACAAAGAAAGCCUCAAGAUGGAGAUCCUGAAGAAGCGCGCGCUACUCGACAAGGAGCUUCAGCUGGAGGCCCAGGAGGAGCUAAAGAGGGACCUGCUGCGGAUGAGGAGGGAGAAGGAGAGAGCUCAGGCUGCAGCCCAGCAGGCCGCCCAGGCUGCUGCAGCUGCCGCCGCCGCGUCUGCCCGCAACCAGCAGCAACACUCGCACACGCACGCCAUCUCCUCCCAACACCACCACGCCACGACCGCCGCCUCCACACACAAGAGGAAACGAGAGGAGGAGAGAGAGACGGCGACGUCGGCCAAGUCCAAGAAGAAGAAGAUGAUCCUGACGACGAGCACCAAGGAGAGCAAGAAAGACAUCAAGCUCUACUGCGUCUGCAAGACGCCCUACGACGAGACCAAGUUCUACAUCGGCUGCGAUCUGUGUACCAACUGGUAUCACGGAGAGUGUGUGGGCAUCACGGAGAAGGAGGCCAAGAAGAUGGACGACUACAUCUGUGUGGAGUGUAAACGAGGCCAGGAGAGGAGCACCGAGGAGCUGUACUGUAUCUGUCGGACGCCGUACGACGAGUCCCAGUUCUACAUCGGCUGCGAUCGCUGUCAGAACUGGUACCACGGCCGCUGUGUGGGCAUCCUGCAGAGCGAGGCCAACCACAUAGACGAAUACGUGUGUCCACAGUGUCAGUCAACAGAGGACGCCAUGACGGUGUUCACGCCGCUCACAGACAAGGACUACGAGGGCCUGCGGAGAACUCUACGCUCCUUACAGGCGCAUAAAAUGGCGUGGCCGUUCCUAGAGCCAGUGGACACAAACGACGCCCCGGACUACUACAGGGUUAUCAAGGAACCAAUGGACCUUUCGACGAUGGAGGAGAGGUUACAGAAGCGCGAGUACGUCAAGCUCACCGAGUUUGUAGCGGACAUGACCAAAAUCUUCGACAACUGCCGCUACUACAACCCCAGUGACUCGCCCUUCUACCAGUGUGCCGAGGUUCUGGAGACUUUCUUCGUCCAGAAACUCAAAGGCUUCAAAGCCAGCAGGUCUCAUAACAACAAACUACAAUCAGCCGCCUCUUAGCUCCCUCCUAGAAUCCAAGCGUCAAAAACAACACAGACAAGGCCUCGUGGGUUUCCUUUGAAUAAUAAAUCCUCGUGGUCGCACCGCUGUGGAAGAGAGACAAACGCCUCUUUUUCAUCCGAAUGUUUCUGGGACAUAAUCGGAGAUAUCCUACCUUCAGACUGGGCAGGAUGCAGAAGCAGGACCCCCAGACUCUGCAUCAGGAGAAAGAUCCGGAUCAUGAGAGCAGACAAAGUUUUGAUCCUGAACCGACUCGUGUUCUGAUCCUGUAGCUGAUCACUUCCUGUGUUUGUAUCUGCUUCGAUCCUCUCGUCGAGACGUGCAAUGUUCAUUUCAUGCUGUCAUUUUUUUUCCAUUCCAUUUAAAACAAAAGUCCCGUCUAAGGUUGUCAAGACACCAGAUUUUUAAACUGCUAUCUGAAUCUAGCAAAAAUAAGAUCUUGAUACCCGACAAAAAAAAACACAAGUCCUCAGGCCUUUGCAGGAUGAGUCCGGUUUUUUUAAUGCAUUUUUUUUGGGGGGGGGAUAUCUGGAGAAAAUAAACAUAACGCAGAGACACCUUGCAAUCGAUCUUCAACAGCAGCUGACAGUAUGGGGGGGCACUACAGAGA